CCGAAAAGGACAAGUCUUGCGUAUUGAAUUUUUUUCAGUUCAAAAUUUUCUCAACAAACCUAAUUCUUUUAGUUUGUUUUUAAUUUUAAAAUUCAUUUAUCAUCAUUUGUUCAGUAUUCAUUUUAAGAAAUAGUGAUUUUGUGUUUUAAAUCACGAAAAUGACAAUUGAUCAUUAUAGCAGCCAGUCUACUAAGGACUAUUUAUUGGAUCGCUUUUUAAGUUAUGGAUUAGGAAUUGGUGCUAUUUUUCAAUUUGUUUGUAUUCUUGCUGUCAUAUUUUUAAGUUCUGGUGAUUCGAAAGGUAAAUCCAAUUUAGAAUAUAGUUCAGAGGAUGAUAUGAAUAAUGGAUCACAUCAUCAUAAUGGCUCCAAUCAUCAUUGCCAAGCAGGAUCGAAGCACAACCAUGGGCAUGGACGAAGGAAUCGCCAUGAGAAGAAAAAGAGGAAAUAGUUGACUAAUCAAAUUGUAAUUUCUAUUUUCCACGGUAUUUCUGUAAAUAAGGACUAUUUAAGUCCUCCAUGUGUAGUGCUUGGCCCUUUAAAUGGAUUUCGCCCCAAUAUGGCAGAAUGGCGAAUUUUUCUGCUUUUUCACUAACAUUUAAUGAACUUGAAUGCUGAGGGUUUGUGACAAUUACAAUGUUCUGAUAGUACAUAUUUACAUGUAUUAAACACCAAUCUGAUUCAUUAUGAUGACAGAAAUCUGCAAUCUAGUCAAUCCACAGUUCACCAGUUUCAUCAUGCACUAACUAAUAUGCUUAGUUAAGCCCUGUUACAACAUUGAGGCAUUCAAGAACUCAGAUUAUGAUGUGAAACUCUUAAUGUAAUCUCUUUAAAUUUACUCAAGUUAUCUCGAAUUACUUUUUUUGUAAAUAUAAACGAUCACCUUAACAUCUUGUAAGUUGAUGUGAAUUUUUUAUACUCAAUAAAUGAAUAACUUAAAUUUACCCUGAUUUUUGUUUUGAAAUGAAUAUUUACCAUAGUUUCCAUAGAUUCAUGAACUAUAAAUUUAAUUGUAUUAAACACUUGAUGAAUAUUAGUUAAUAUUACGGAGAGAUUAAGGUUAAUCAGAUUACUAUAAUCUAUUGGAGAAACAUCCGUCAAUCGCCUCAACUCAGCUGUUAAAUUUCUUUGGAAGUUUAGACGUUUUCUUUAUUUUCACAGCUAAAAACAGUAUCGUUGUAUGAUUUUUAUUUAUAAAUUUCGUUUUUAUUUGAAUUUUCGCGAUCACUGGUGCCGUUCAAAUCAAUAAUAAAUCACUAAAUCGGUUUUCUUGGUUCCACGUGUCCAUUCUGGUAAAAUGAAGAAGAUAGCCAUUUUAGGUGGUGGAGUCUCUGGAUUAUCCUGUGCCCAUUACCUUACAAAACUGGGAAAGAAAUUGGGUCGAUCUGAUCGUAUUAUUCUUAUAGAAGCAUCAAGUGCUGUCGGUGGAUGGUUAAAAUCACAUCAAUUUGAUGAUGGGGUUGUUCACGAAUUAGGGCCCAAAAGCAUUCGCGCUUCAGGAUUACCAGCUCAUAACACACUUCUCAUGGCUGAAGAAUUAAACCUUGCACCGGAAAUAAUCAAUGUGAAACACAGCGAUGCUGCAGCGCGAAAGCGUUUGAUUUGUAUAGAUGACCAACUACACACUUUACCUAAUAGCUUAAAAAGUUUAAUUUUCCGAACGCCGCCAUUUUCGAAGCCUCUGAUCACAGCGCUUUAUCAAGAUUUUACAACUAAAAGACUACCAAUCGGAGACGAUGAAGAUAUAAGUGUUCAUGAUUUCAUGUCAUUAAGAUUUGGUGAAGAAGUGGCAAAAUAUUUGGCAGGCCCGAUGUGUCGAGGUAUAGCUGCUGGUGAUAGUAAAAAAUUAAGCAUUAAAUCAAUGUUUCCACCAAUUUAUCAAGCCGAACGAGAAAAAGGAUCUGUGAUUAAAGGAAUGUUCAGUCCAAAAGCAAUUCCUGCCUCAAUAAGUGAUGAGAUUGCGAAAAGCUCGCUUUUAUCGAAAGUGAAAUCAGAAAAAUGGAGUAUCUGGUCAUUGAAGAAUGGACUUCAGCAGUUGCCACAAAGACUUUAUUCAAAUUUAAUUAAAGAGUCAAACAUCGACAUCCAGUUAGGUCAUAAAGUUGAUCAUAUUAUGUUUAAAGAUGAUGGAAGUGCCGUCUUACAUGUUUCCAAUUCUACUUCAAUCAAACCAAUUUCAGUUGAUUACAUUUUCUCGGCCCUUCCAGCAGCCAACCUCGCAAAAUGUAUUUCAGCCAAAGCUUAUCCAAUUAUCCACAAAACUCUAGGAUCGGUCAAGUCCGUCAGUGUAGCAGUUGUUAAUCUUGAAUAUUCAGGAACAGUUAUCCCCAGAGACAUGGGAUUUGGAUUUUUAACUCCUUCAUAUACUAAUUCAGUCAUAUUAGGCAUUGUUUUUGAUUCAUGUUGCUUUAAAGAUCAUGAUGCUGCUAGAGAUAUAACACGAUUAACGGUAAUGAUGGGUGGCGAAUGGUUUGAAGACCACUUUGGAGAUCCUGUCAAUGUUGACCAACAACUGAUCUUGAAUGUAGCUAAAGAUGCAGUCAAAAGACAUUUAAAAGUUGAUGCAGAACCAAUUAGAACCUUAGCUAAUAUUCACAAGGAAUGUAUACCGCAGUACUAUUUAGGACAUGGAUCUAAAUUGGAAACGAUAAAAAAAGAAAUUGAGUCGACGAGAUUAAAUCUAGAAUUAUUAGGAAAUUCAUUCGCUGGUUUAGGUGUGAAUGACAGUAUUUUUGAUGCUAGGAAAAAAGUUGAAAAUUUCAUUGAUAAAUAGAACUCAUUAUUUUUACAAAAUAAAGCUUGUGUUAUGCAUAUUGUGUUGUAUUUUAUUAAAAUUACAAAUAAAAAAUU